UUAGCUAUAGCAGAGGUUUACAAUAAUGAAGGUAAUGAAGCAUACCGUAAGAAAGAUUACAACAACGCCGUUUACUUCUACACGGAGGGGAUUAAAGUGCAGUGCAAGGACAUAGAUCUCAAAGCUGAACUGUACGGCAACAGAGCAGAUGCCCAUCUUCGCUUAGGUGAGGCUAUGUUUGUUUUGUAAAAAGGGACGCCAGAGCAGCCGAGUGAAAUAUAAUCCUGAGGCCUCGUGCCUGGGUCAUGCUCAGUGUAAAUAUACAAAUCUAGUUUGCCACUUGCCAGUUUAGGAUUUUUGAUUAAGUGCUGUUCAGUUUGAAAUAUCUGUCGUGAUUACUUGAGUAAAGUAUCUAUAAACUAGCUGGAGCUGGUAAGCGCCCCUUAACUUUAAAAUUAGCUUUUUCGUACCUUCUCAUGAUAGGUUUUUAUUGCAGUCAUGGCGCGCAUUCUUCGAAUUUGUAGUAGCGCAUGCUAGAAAUUCGUGUGUAACGGUUUUCAUUAACCCUGAGGAAGACCGACUCGAAAUAUAGGUGCUCCUUCAAAUUGUGUCAUUUCUUCAUUUGUGUAAUAUAUUAUCGCAAUUGAAUGAGUGCCUAAAGUCCAAUUAUGUUGUUUGCAAAAGCAAAAUUAAGUAGAAUCGAGUCACUUUAAAGUUGGAAACACUUUUCAGGCAAUAGUUCUGGGUUUUGCCUGAUAUUUCAAUGUCACGUAGUAGCCUGUUAUCACUCUAUAACGACUUCGAGCACAUGCAAAGAAUAUGAAGGUGAUUCUACCUAAAAAGGUGCCCCUUUUUUACCAAAUGAGCUUGCCAACAAAAAAUAUGCAUGCAUACGAGAAUCAUGAGAGACAUUUCACUGAUCUUUAACCAGUUUAGAGUUGCUCCUUUUUGGUUUAUGUGUUGGCUGUUUUGGAUCACGUUGUAGCAAAUUGGAGGGCGGGUAUCAGACAAUACACUUUGUCCGCGUCGAUAUUUGCCCUGCGAUUUUUCAGUGGCAAGAAAGCAUGACAAGGUCAACAAAGUGAGCCCUUUUUCAUUUUUUAUCUUCUCAAUAAUUUCAAAUGGAAGCAGUAAAAUCAAACUUGUUUUGCAUAAUCCAGUUACACUACGAACUAGUCGCAACUGACAGUUCCGGAAAAUACAAAGAAAUCAAUUAAAAUACGCUUUGAAUCGAAGAUGAGCAAAACUUACGAAUUAUAUCAAUGCAUUUCUAAAGAAACUAAAUACACUGUUUCUUAGUACGCAGUCAGCUGAGGAAAAGAAUACUGAAAAGUAUUUAAAAUAAGCCAUUUCUGUUUAACUUUCAGGAUGGAUAAAAGAGAGAGAAAAUUGUAACGGGCAUUGAAAGCGAUAAAUUAAUCGAGAGUAGUAUAGGGCGCACCGGUUACUUCGGUUUUUUUGGGGGGGAAUCUCAUUAAGGUGGGGGGGAAUAAAUUAACGUAGCUGACGUCAUAGGUUAUUGUCUUGAUCUCAUGAAUAAAAUGCUGUGGUAUCUCAUAAAGAUAAGGUCAUGUGCUAUUUUUAGAUGGAUGAUGUCAUGGUUGGUAUAACCGGUUUGACAGGUUUUAGUUAUUUUCGGAAGAUGAUGUCAUAUGUAUUCCGGGGUACUAUGAUGUCAUAGUUGUUUUGAUUGGUUGACCGGAAUUAGAAAGACGCUCAUUGGCUGUCUCGUUUGACGAAGCAUUCUGGUUGGUUGCCGUAUUUUUUAUUGUUUGAACGGCAUAAAAGCCUGCUCACUGCCUUCCCGCAUACUAAUUUGGAUUUCCUGCAUACUAAUUAAGUGUCUUCCUCCAUAUAUAAUGAAGUGGAUAGGUUUACUAAUGAGCGUCACUCUACUACAAUAGGAACAAUAGGCUUGCAUAAACUUGCCCGGUAAGUAACUUGAGCCCGGUUUUCGGACCGUCUAUUAAAAGAAAAAUAGGAAUAAGAGAAGUGAUCACCUAGCAACGCGAGAAAACGGCUUCCUAUAUCUUAUUUAGCGCUAAAACUCAGAUAUACAUAAACAAAACACAUACAGAAAGUGGAGUUGAAAAGUCUUUAUUUCAAUUUAGUUUACGUCUUCUUAUUUAGCGCUAAAACUCGGGUAUAUAUAAACAAAACAUACACAAAUUGGAGCUGAAAACGCUUUAUUUCAAGUUUGUUUGACUAUUACAGAACAGUUUUCUCCCAUCUAUCUCGAGGACAUGAAAAAGUAUUGAAGUCCCAACGUUUCACGCACGGUUAAUCAGUUAAUUAUGCGAGUUCACAAGCCCAAAGUUGAAUACAAAUUAGCUCUACAGGAAAAACCUCAAGGGAGCAACCUUGACGUAUUAUUAUAAAACAAAAUAACUUAACAAGGAUCAAUUAAAACACGCGACUCAUAAUUGCUAGCAAUAAAACCACAAGAGAGAUACCGUUUUGAAAACUUUAUUAAAAGUCAAUAACAAAAAGAGUCAAAUAUACAGCGAUUUGAAAGGAAAAGGAAUGAAAAUUAAUCCUUUGACUGACUAUUACAAAUCAGUUUUUUCCGUCCUAUUUCGAGGAAUAAUAAUCUUUUUCGCAAAUAGUCAGGUUAUAUAGAGUGUCAGAAAGGCCAAACACAGGCCAGAAAGGCCAUAACCAGGCCAAAAGGGACAAAAGGAGACAAACGGGCCAUUUCUAGUCAUGUGUCUUUAUUUUCUCAAACACACGCGUGGGUGUCGCGCGCCGCUAGUCACGCAACAGCUCUCAACAUUGGAAUCAUCAUCUUUAUUCAGGGUAAUCAUAAAUAACAGUGCCUAAUUAAAAACGUUUUGAUCGUGAAUUAGUAAUUGGUAUUUCAAAUUUCAGAUCUUUUUAUUUAUUGUAUCAGUUUACUAUUAUUGUUAUUAUUUUCAAGUCAGCAAUAAAACAGUUCAUUCACCAGCAGAGCACAACAAUCAUGUUUCAUUGCUUUUUCGGAGCAGCCUCUUUCUCGUAAACACGAACCACAUUGCUGUUUUGUAGUUUAGCAAAUUGAAGCCAAUGUUUCCUUUCUAUCCCCGAUAAUUCAUGUACUCGAGUUAAAUGAUCUGCUAAUCGAACUAAAAUGAUUAAAUUCAACUAAUGAUUUAUUUACAAACAAUGAACAAAUGACAUCUUUUAGACAUUUAGGAAACUCUUUUAUAUAAAAUGCUAUUUACAAAAUUGAGAAAACGAAAAUUAUUUACAAAAUCUAUUUUUUUCACAAUCUUUACAACCUUUUACCUUUCAAAUGAGUAAAACUAUUUGCAACACAAAAUUUAUUGUUGAUUUUCUGCCCUUUCUGCCCCUUGUUUGGCCUUUCUGACACUCUAUAUAACCUGACUAUUUGCGAAAAAGAUUAUUAUUCCUCGAAAUAGGACGGAAAAAACUGAUUUGUAAUAGUCAGUCAAAGGAUUAAUUUUCAUUCCUUUUCCUUUCAAAUCGCUGUAUAUUUGACUCUUUUUGUUAUUGACUUUUAAUAAAGUUUUCAAAACGGUAUCUCUCUUGUGGUUUUAUUGCUAGCAAUUAUGAGUCGCGUGUUUUAAUUGAUCCUUGUUAAGUUAUUUUGUUUUAUAAUAAUACGUCAAGGUUGCUCCCUUGAGGUUUUUCCUGUAGAGCUAAUUUGUAUUCAACUUUGGGCUUGUGAACUCGCAUAAUUAACUGAUUAACCGUACGUGAAACGUUGAGACUUCAAUAGUUUUUCAUGUCCUCGAGAUAGAUGGGAGAAAACUGUUCUGUAAUAGUCAAACAAACUUGAAAUAAAGCGUUUUCAGCUCCAAUUUGUGUAUGUUUUGUUUAUAUAUAUCCGAGUUUUAGCGCUAAAUAAGAAGACGUAAACUAAAUUGAAAUAAAGACUUUUCAACUCCACUUUCUGUAUGUGUUUUGUUUAUGUAUAUCUGAGUUUUAGCGCUAAAUAAGAUAUAGGAAGCCGUUUUCUCGCGUUGCUGGGUGAUCACUUCUCUUAUUCCUAUUUUUCUUUUAAUAGACGGUCCGAAAACCGGGCUCAAGUUACUUACCGGGCAAGUUUAUGCAAGCCUAUUGUUCCUAUUGUAGUAGAGUGACGCUCAUUAGUAAACCUAUCCACUUCAUUAUAUAUGGAGGAAGACACUUAAUUAGUAUGCAGGAAAUCCAAAUUAGUAUGCGGGAAGGCAGUGAGCAGGCUUUUAUGCCGUUCAAACAAUAAAAAAUACGGCAACCAACCAGAAUGCUUCGUCAAACGAGACAGCCAAUGGGCGUCUUUCUAAUUCCGGUCAACCAAUCAAAACAACUAUGACAUCAUAGUACCCCGGAAUACAUAUGACAUCAUCUUCCGAAAAUAACUAAAACCUGUCAAACCGGUUAUACCAACCAUGACAUCAUCCAUCUAAAAAUAGCACCUUAUCUUUAUGAGAUACCACAGCAUUUUAUUCAUGAGAUCAAGACAAUAACCUAUGACGUCAGCUACGUUAAUUUAUUCCCCCCCCAACUUAAUGAGAUUCCCCCCAAAAAAAACCGGAGUAACCGGUGCGCCCUAUACUACUAUCGAGUCGUACAUUGCGCAAACAACUAUAACAGUUCGAGUCAUCUUCGAUGGUCGGGCGAUUUAUAACUCAAGUAAAUUCCGGUCAGUUCAACUUGUUCUUACGGCUGGGCCUCAUUAGUUCUUCUACCUUUCUUUCUAUGACUUCCCCACCUUCCACUAUCCACAGCAACAAAGCCAGGUUUUGCCAACAGUCCACUAAUGUAAAUCCUUCAACUGCUCCAGCAGAUUUUUUAGAUUCUGUUUCAUACUAUUUACUUUACUAACACUUGCAGCGGCAGUUAGUGAUAAGGUUGGAUUCUCUUUACUUAUCCAUUAGAAACGUUUUUAGAGCAGUAUUCAAACAGUGCUGUUGUUAAAAGGUUAACUAUAAAAAGCACUUGCUUUUUCGAGUUUUGAUAUAUGGAGCGUUGCGAGAGUUCAUUUGACAUGACAGCCUGUCAAGCCCUGGUCCAAUCACAGUUUCAAUAUGAAAAAUUCAACUAAUCAAUUUGCUUGUGUACGUCAUUCGCAGGCGCGCUCACCUCUUGCUUUUGUUUUUUUUUUCUCUCCCAACAUGUUCGAGAUGUAAAAAAUUAAUUAGAGGAUUAUAGAAUAAAUAAACCCCUUUCUGGCUUGCUGGUAUAUCGGUGGAUAAUGCCCUUGGCCGAGAGACUGUCCUCAAAAUUUUACAUUUGCCCUCGAAGCAAAUGUUUAUUUUUUGGUUUCUCUCAGCCGCGGGCCUUAUCCUCCGAUAUACCAGCCGCAAGAAGGGGUUUAUUUACUAAGCAUAAAUUGUAGCGGAGCUCCACGCGCCCGAAGUGCGCGCUAGCGGAGGCCCAUACCUAAAAAAAUUUGGUAAUCCAUCCAUCCGAUAAAUUUUGGUAAUCACGUAACCGUACGUCUGACCGUCCGUCCGUACCACAGGCAUACCAAUGUUAAAGAACAGGUAUGACACCACAGGCAAGUCGAGGUGUUUUUGGCGGGAACUCGCAUGGCCACCCGGACUUUAAGAGAGAAAAAAUAACAACAAAGUCGUGUCUUUUUCGACGUUAUUUUUAACUUCUACACUCACGUGGAUAACAGAGAAAGUGCUAGAGUGAGUGAUUAAAAACAAAGGAGACGAAUUUCGUUGGAAAAAAAACAUGAAAAUUUCAUAGCGGCGGUGACAAAAUCACAAAUGAGAAAUGCAGUGAAAAAAAUCGACAAUUUCUCCACAAAAAAAUGUGUAACUAGGAAGUUUCACGUUUUAUUCGUGCAAAACGGCAUUGCAGUCGUGCAAAACCAUGACAAAAAAUGUACACAAAAGUGUGCUUAUAAGUAUCUGGUUAACGAGAGCUUCGCUUUUAGUCCUGGUUAAAUCUAUAUAUUAUACAUAGUCUUGAAUGUCAAAGCUGUUUACUGCACAAACGUUUCGCCCUUCGGGCUUCAUCAGUGUACAUAUUUUACAAAAUUAAUCAAUACUUGGAUAAAAAUACACAAUUUGAGAUAGCUGUCUAUACAGAUCUAGCCAGUUUUUUGGAAACCAACCUAUCGAAAUUUGCAGUCAUUUGAGUGAAAAAGCGUCAAAAGGCAGGCUUUUUGGGUCCGAUAAACUCCAAAAUCACACUAACGAGGAAAAGGAAAAAAGAAAAAGAAACAGAGAGGAGGAAGAAAGGAGGAGUAGAGAAAAAAGCAAUGGUUGCACUCUUAGUUUUUAUGAUGGCUAGUUUGGAGAUAACUUUUGGCCGGAAAAAAACUGUUGGACACAAAAGAUCUAUUUGACAGUAACGUUUUCAAAAAUCCGGCUAGACAUACAAGGUGAAAAUAAAGUUAUAACGUAAUAUUUUUGAUAAAAGCAAGACAUACACAAAGGUAAAAGCGAUAAAAAAAGAAAUAAAGAAAUACAUAUUUUUUAUAUAUAGGCUCACCAUAGCUUGGGGCUUCGGUUUUGAAUUCAUACUUAAUUUGUUACAAAAUUCUUUAUUAUUUCAUUUGUUUUCUAACUAUUCAGUAAUUUAUUUAGAGGUAUUUAGUUAGUGAGUUAGUUAUCAAUUUAUUUCGGUAAAAAUUAGUAUAGGUAAUAGCAUGAUUUGUAGUGACAUUUGCAUUUAUACCACGAGUGAUAUUUCAAAAUUGUUAUACGUAAUUGCACGAGCCGUUAGGCGAGUUAAAUUUGAGACUACUUUGAAAUAUCACCAGUGGUAUUUAUGCGAAAUAUCAAGUACAAAUCAUGCUAUUAUUUGUUUAUACUACUACCCGCAAAAGGUUUGUAAUUUUCACAUUUAGGUAUUUCAAAUUAAGCUGAAUUACCACCGCUCUAAGGCAAUCAAAUUGCAGAAAUUUUUCAUGUAGUCAUAAAAGUUACUUAAGAUAUUUUUUUCGCAUUACCCGCAGUGUUUUAGAACGUAUCUGAAUUGCUCCACCUGCCUAGAUUAACCCCGCAAUUUGCAGGUAGAGCAGUUUGUAUAUUUUCGUCGGUUUUGUUUUUAUUGCUUUUGUUUCCGUUUCAAUUUUGAAAUAAUGCAAUAAACUUGAAAUGUUUUCCAACACCUGACACCCUUUACCUAUUGAAAUUGCAUUCAAUUUUGGGGAGCGUAAAUUUCAGCCGGUCCGAGGUCGCUCGCUGAGAACCUCGGAGUGGUUGUCUCAUAAACACUAAGCUAAAUUUUAGUUAGCAUACUGUGCCCGUCGUGACUGACCUUUUGGUUUGUUACGUUCAACAUCAACAGGAAAUUACACAGACUCACUGAGAGAUGCACAAGAUGCCACGGACAUACGACCAUUGUUAAUCAAAGCAAUAAUAUCAGGUAAUUUGGGUAGUUUAAAGCCUUACCGUGAUAUUCAAUAUGUAAUUACACAUAAAGAGAGCUCGCAUUACCAGCUUGUUCAGUUAAUAAUAAUAACAAUAAUAAAUAUAAUAAAAAUAACAAUAAUAAUAAUAAUGACCAUGAUAAUGAUAAUGAUAAUGAUAAAUACUAACAGUUUCAGCUUCGGUAUGAAUAAAUUUUGUCUUUUCAAACUUUAAAUAGAGUGAAAUGUAACAAUUAUCCAUUGACUUCUCUGCCUUUCUUUAUUUGCAAAGUUAUUUGAGGGAGAAGGCAGGUGCAGGGCAGCUCUGAAUCUGUCUUUUAACCCGCCCCGACAGCUCCCUCCUGUGAUGGCUGAGACAUCUUCUCUCAGUUUAGAGCGGAUUUGUUGUAGCAAUAAUCCUUACGAGUUUACCCAUCGCCCAAGAAAUUAUCAGAACUUAGCAGCUCUAAGUAAAGUAAAAGAUUGUUGCUCCUGUUUUGAAACCUUGCCUGUCCUUCUCACUGAAAUUGUAAAUCGUUCUCUGGCCACCGGGUCCAUACCUCAGGGUCUCAAAACCGCUCUACAAAUUCGACCAUUGCUCACGACAGGAAAUCUGGACUCCUGAGAAGACCAUUGUCCAAUCUUUUUUAUAUCUAUAUGGUGACUGAGAGAGCAGUCUGUUUACAACUCGUUAAAUGUAUUGAAACUAAUGACCCUGGUGAAAUCUUUCAAUCGGCUUACAACAGUAUUCACAGCUCAUAAUGAUAUUUGAGAGCGAUUGAUAACAACAAAUCCGUUUCAUUAUUACUCCUCGAUCGUUCUGAUGUCUUUGACCAAGUCGACCUUGAAAUUUUGUUACAUCGUCUUGCGUUUUGCUUUAGUAUUAAAGGCAGUGCUUUAUCUUGGUUUCAAUCUUACCUCGGAUCGUCGCCAGUAAGUGUCUGUACGCGGUGAAAGUUCAUCUUGAGUAAACUGUGUAUUUCUUUUCUUAACCCAGUUUGGCUGAUUUAAAUUUAAUUAUGCUGUUGUAUUUACACGAUUUCAGGAGCGAAUGCGUCUGUGAAGUUGCAGCAGUUCAAGCAAGCACUCGUAUGGUGUGAUGCAGGAUUAGCAGUAUCCUUUUGAUGUUUACAUACCAGCAAAUCGUAGUUCUUUUUAAUUUCAGCAAGCUUGCUAUAUGCAUCACCUUCUUGUUUUUUAAAGAUAUCAACCCAAAAUCAGUGUAUCAUUACAGUCUUCUUUUAAACAUGUCUUCAGUACCUCUGGAAAGCAUAAAACAAACGGUGUAGUCUCAGCUUCUCAGCCUCCCCAAAUUCAUGAAUGUCGGAUAUUAUCCAAGCGAGGCAAACUGUAACAAAGGUAGGACCCAAAAUCGGUAUUUCUUUUGAGUGGAUACACCUAUUUGUUUUACCGUUUUGAGAUUGUUGCGAAAAAGUAUUUCAAAAACCACCAAUAGAUUUGUUCCCGGAGAAAUGUCAAGAACCGAAGAACUAAAAACAUAAACUUUACAACAUGGAUACUGUUAGAAGAUUUUAAGAUAACUGUAUUUAAAAUGAAAAGUCAUUUGAAUUUGUAUUUUUCUCUAUUUUUCUUUCUACUGCUGUUGUUGUAGUUAGCUAGGGAGUAAAGCCUUUAUGGGGAAUUCGCAGUCUAAACCUUUAUGACUUUUAUCCUCUCUUUGGUACAACGCCAUGCUGGACGGACAUCCCAUCUAGACUGCAGGAAGGGGUAGCAACUUUGCAGACGUUUUUAACAUUAUUUACACCUUUAAUGGUUAAAAAGAUUGACAAGGAAAAUAAGACGCUUUUUGAACUGAGGGAAGUGGCUUCAGACAAAGCAAAUAGUGGUUCAGAAGUCGAGGAGGAAAAUAACAAGGUUUGUCGUUUGUUUGUGUAUUUGGUAUCAAUUUAGGUUUCCGGGAAACUGCUCACUUACCCCUCCCCUCAGCCAAAAUUUUGCCCUAAGUGAGAAGUAAGAGAUUAUGUUGGCUUAGGGGAGGGGUAGGUGGGCAUUUUCCCAGAAACCUAAAUUGGUCCGUGUAUUUUUAUAUUUAGCCCUUUCCUUUGAUAAGGUGAUUUGUUUUCCGAAAAUAUCUUUCUCAAGUCGGAAGUUUAACUACCAGCGAAACUCAAGUAUGAGGUAUAGUAGCUUGAAUAGCCUUUGUUGGGUGACCAUUAGUCGAUGUUGGCUGUAUUAAUAAUCAUCAUUUUACUCUAUAAACUGUGCACAAAAGUGUUUAAUUUUUCUUCUUUAUACUUGAACGUUAACCUGUCUUCUUAAAAACCAAAGCCAUCAGUGGAAACAGCUUUUUCAAAAAAUACUAUCCGCCUAUACUUUUAUGACCCUUUUAUUAGUUUUAUAGCUACUUAUUAUAUUCAAUUUUGGAAGCAAGGACCAACUUACAAAAAAGGAAGACAGGAUCCUAAUAAAGGAUCUAAUCAGCUAUGAAUGGAAAUGUUGAAAAAACGAAGCAAGGCUGAUUUUAAAGUCGGGAAUAUAUAUUUUUUGUCACCACUAUUUCUUCUUUAGGGUCUUACAUACCGCAUGAUAAGGUUACGCUAAGACGUUACAAUUUGAAAUAAAGAACCUUGCUGACUCCGCGCCGUUUUAGGAAAGCGGAAGAAAGACAUGAAAAGCUUAUUUACUUUAAAAAUACUUAUUUGCAGCUUUUUGAUGGGGAUAGUAUUUAACCCCGGCUAGAAAAUAUAACAGCAAUAUUUGAUAAAAAUGACGAAUUGUUUACAUUCCAUUUGUAGACAUGCUGUGAAAGAGAAGGUGAACAUCCGCGACACGACAGAACUAACACAAAAGUUUGGUUUCGCCUGGACCUUGGAGCUUUUAUGCGUGGUGAUUUCAAAACAGGCCUAGAUUACUUCAAGUCAGUACUGGAUGAAGCUAAAGAAGCAGGCGACAGGAAUAGAGAAGGCAGAGCAUACAUAUUGCUUGCUUCUUCUUAUCUCUCUCUCGGUGAGGUAACAAAAGCGAUCGAAUUUUGUUUCGAAGCUCUUUGUACUGGAAAAGAAACUGGAAACAAAGAUUUGCAAAUGGUUGCAUAUAAAACUCUUGGCAUGGCGUAUCAUGACUCUCGCGGUGACUUCAAUACAGCAAUCGAAUUCCUUCAGCAAGCUCUUAGUAUCGCAAUAGAGAUUGGAAACAAACAUUUAGAAGGAAGUGCAUGUAUCACCCUUGGCAACGCAUAUCACGCUCUCGGUGAUUUUCAAAGAGCAAUGGAAUUCUCACGGCAAGCUGUUAGUAUCGCAAAAGAGAUAGGAAACAAAGAAUCAGAAGGAACCGCCUAUAACAUCCUUGGAAGUGUCUACUACUCUCACAGUGAUUUCAAAAAAGCCGUAGAAUUCUCUCAGCAAGCUCUCAGUAUCGCAAUGGAGAUUGGAAACAAAGAUUCAGAAGGAAACGCAUAUAUCAUCCUUGGCAAUGCAUACAACUCCCUCGGUGAUUUCCGCAAAGCAACUGAAUUUCUUCAGCAAGGACUUAGUGUCGCAAAAGAGACUGGAAACAGAUAUUCAGAAGGAAACGCGUACAACAUCCUUGGCAAUGCCUAUCACUCCCUGAGUGAUUUUAAAAAAGCUAUCGAAUUUCUUCAGCAAGGUCUUAGUGUUGCAAAAGAGAUUGGAAACAAAGCUUCAGAAGCAAACGCGUAUAAUCUCCUUGGCAACGUAUACCACUCCCUCGCUGAUUUCAGAAAAGCAGUUGAAUAUCUUCAGGAAGGCCUUAGUAUCGCAAAAGAGAUUGGAAACAAAGAAUUAGAAGUUAACACAUAUAACCUCCUUGGCAAUGCUUAUCACUCUCUAGGUGAGUUGAAAAAAGAAACCAAAUUCCUUCAGCAAGCUCUUAGUAUCGCAAAAGAAAUUGGAAACAAAAAUUCAGAAGGAGACGCAUAUUACCUCCUUGGCAAUGCCUAUCACUACCUCGGCGAUUUGAGAAAAGCGAUCGAAUUCUCUCAGCAAGCUGUUGGUGUAGCAAAAGAGAUUGGAAACAAAGAUUUAGAAGGAAGCGCAUACUCGAAACUUGGCCAUGUAUAUUUCGACUUUGGUGAUGUCGAAAAAGGAAUCGAGUUUCAAAAGCGGGCUCUUAGUAUCGCAAAAGAGACUGGGAACAAAAAUUCAGAAGAUACGGCGUAUGGCAGCCUCGGUAAUGUAUAUUACUCGCUCGGUGAAUUCAAUAAAGCAAUCGAAUAUCAUCAGCGGGGACUUAGCAUCGCAAAAGAGACUGGAAACAAAGAUUCAGAAGGAAAGACAUAUGGCAACCUCGGCAAUGCGUAUAACUCCCUCGGUGAUUUUAAAACAGCAAUCGAAUUUUAUCAACAGGAUCUUAAUACCGCAAAAGAGACUGGAAACAAACAUUCAGAAGUAACGGCAUAUAGCAACCUUGGCAAUGCAUACUUCUCCCUCGGUGACCUCGAAAAAGCAAUCGGAUUCCUUCAACAAGCCCUUCGUAUCGCAAAGAAGAUUGGAGACAAAGAUUCAAAAGGAAAAGCAUAUAGUAACCUUGGCACUGCUUAUCAGUCUCUCGGUGAUAUGGAAAAAGCAAUUAAAUUUUAUCAACAGGCUCUUAAUACCGCAAAAGAGACUGGAAACAAACAUUCAGAAGGAACGGCAUACCACAACCUUGGGACUGCAUAUUGCUCACUCGGUGAUUUCGAUCAAGGAAUCGAAUUUCUCCAGCAAGCUCUUAGCUUUGCAAGAGAGAUUGGGAGCAAGGAGUCAGAAGGGACAAUAUAUAUGAACCUUGGCUAUGCGUAUGAGUCUCUUUCUGAUUUCGAAAAAGGAAUCGAAUUUUAUCAAGAGGCUCUUAUUAUUGCAAAAGAGAUUGAACAUAAACAUAUGGAAGAACAGGCAUACGCCAAACUUGGUGUCGCUUUUUAUCGUCUCAAAGAUUUUCCAAAGGCUGAAAAAUUUUUCGAAUUGAGUAUAAAACUGUUUGAGGACAUGCGGUUUCUUCUUCAAGAGAAAGACGAAUGGAAAAUCAGCUUUCGGGACCAACGUGAUUCCUACAGUUUUUUAUGGCUUGUUCAAUUACUACAAGGCAAGACCAUCGAGGCGCUUUUAACCGCCGAGCAGGGACGAGCCCAAGCUCUCACGGAUCUCAUGGAACUACAAUACGGCAUAAAAUCAACUCCACCAACCUCAAAAGAGCAGAUGGAAAGGAUAACUAACAUUUUUAGCCAUAUUUCAUCACCUACGACAUUCCUCGCGGAAGUCGCCGAAACAGUGAAUUUGUGGGUAAUUCUUGAUGAACAAGAGGGGCAGUUUAUGAGAAGGAAAAUCAAUUGUACCUUGAAAUACUUGAAUGACAAAGCGUACAAACAGAUUGGUGUUGAAAUAGGUGUAAAAUGUGAGGAUCGCACCCUGAAUAACCCAGCUAAAGAUGAAGCAAUUGAAAAGUUAUCCCAAGGGGAUACAGAUGAUAAAUUAUCUUUACCGUCAGAAGGUGAUGCUUUAAAAGAGUUGUUUGACGCAGUGAUCGCUCCCAUUUCACACCUGAUAAAAGGGGACGAACUCAUCAUUGUCCCUGAAGGUUCAUCAUUCUUGAUCCCUUAUGCAGCCCUUGUGGAUCAAAAUUCCAGGUAUUUGUCUGAGACGCUGAGAAUUCGAUUGGCGCCAUCAUUAACAAGCUUAAGCCUGCUGACAGAGUGCACAAAUGGGCGCCAUAGCACAUCUGGUGCACUGCUCGUUGGUGAUCCGUGGACUGAAACUGUACGCUUCAAAGGAAAAAAAAUUCAGCAGCUCCCUGGUGCUGAAAAAGAGGUAAAAAUGAUUGGAAAGAUACUAAACGUCGAGCCUCUUCACGGGAAGAAGGCCGCAAAAGACCAAGUGUUAUGCAAGCUUAACUCAGUUUCUUUAGUUCACAUUGCAGCUCAUGGUUGUGCAGAAACCGGUGAAAUUAUUUUGUCUCCAAAUCUAGCCUGUUCCGAACAACCCAAAGAGGAAGAUUUUGUUUUAACGAUGGAAGAUGUGCUGAAUUCAAAACUAAACGCCAAGCUUGUUGUCUUAAGCUGCUGUCACAGUGGACGCGGGAAGAUCAAAGCCGAAGGCGUGGUUGGUAUGGCACGCGCCUGUUUAGGAGCCGGCGCCCGUUCUGUCAUUGCGUCACUGUGGGCGAUUGAUGACGAGGCCACUCUAGAGUUUAUGAGACAUUUUUACGACAAUUUAGUGAAUGGAAAAAGUGCAAGCAAGUCACUUCAUGAGGCCAUGAAAUGGAUGCGCGAGUCUGACGACUUCAAUGCCAUGAAGUACUGGGCGCCAUUCGUGCUGAUUGGUGAUGACGUGACAUUUAAUUUUAGCCAAAAAAGGUGA